UAUCUCAUCCGCAGGGGUGAUUUUUUUUUUAAAACCUCAGCUGGCUGAAGAGGCGUGGUAUGGAUAAUGGUAUUAAAGGAAGCCAAGUGGGUCUAAAUAAAAAUGGUGCACACACGAUCCUGCCUACGGCUGUGGUAUCAGAGGGGCAUAAAAAUGGGAACAGUAUUCUCAACUCGCUGAUGUCUGGAGCGCUGGCUGGAGCAGUGGCCAAAACUGCUGUUGCCCCCUUGGAUAGAACCAAAAUCAUUUUCCAAGUGUCUUCAAACAGAUUUUCAGCUAAGGAAGCCUAUAAGCUGAUCUAUCGCACUUACCUGAAUGAGGGACUGCUGAGUCUUUGGAGAGGUAACUCUGCCACCAUGGUGCGUGUUAUCCCGUAUGCUGCCAUACAGUUCUGUGCUCAUGAGCAGUACAAGAAGCUGCUUGGAAGCUAUUACGGUUUCCAGGGAAAUGCCUUGACACCCAUUCCGCGCCUCGUUGCGGGAUCUCUCGCGGGUAUGACGGCUGCAAUGGUGACCUACCCUCUUGACCUCGUUCGUGCAAGAAUGGCUGUAACACCAAAAGAGAUGUAUAGUAACAUAAUUCACGUGUUUAUGCGUAUGUCAAGAGAGGAGGGCUUGAAGACGUUGUACAGAGGAUUCAACCCAACCAUACUUGGCGUCAUCCCUUAUGCAGGAAUUAGCUUCUUCACAUAUGAGACGCUGAAAAAGCUACACGCAGAGAACAGUGGAAGAAUCCAGCCGUACCCUUUUGAGCGAUUACUGUUUGGUGCCUGUGCUGGACUACUGGGUCAGUCAGCUUCCUACCCCUUGGACGUAGUGAGGCGACGGAUGCAGACGGCCGGGGUCACCGGUCACACAUACGGCACGAUUCUUAGCACUAUGCGGGAGAUAGUUACUGAAGAAGGGAUUGUCCGAGGGCUCUACAAAGGGCUUAGCAUGAACUGGGUAAAGGGUCCAGUGGCUGUUGGUAUCAGCUUCACCACCUUCGACUUAACCCAGAUUCUCCUGAAAAAGCUGCAGCGACUGUCAGAAAUCCAGAGGUAGGGUGUGUGAGUUGAGAAGAUUACCCUGUUUAGCCCUUUGUUACGUUUGCCUACCCUGAAGGACAAAUGCUGCUCUCUCAUUAUCCUGGAAAAAAAUUAACUGGUGCUUGUAUAUGUUACUCAAAACACAAUGGCUUUGUGACAACAGGCCAACAGGCCACCGGUUACAUAACAUGGCUAAAACCUAUGAUAACAGAUCCAACUGGUAACAGAUGUUGGAAAUUAUGGAUCAACUAAAGUGUUUAGUUAGAGUUGGUCAUGGUAUGGUGAAUUCGGUAUGGUCAAUU